AUGUCACUGCUGUGUGUUGGAGUGAAGAAAGCCAAACUUGAUGGACCCCAAGAGAAAUUCAACACCUACGUCACCUUGAAGGUGCAGAAUGUGAAGAGCACCACCAUUGCGGUGCGUGGCAGCCAGCCAUGCUGGGAGCAGGACUUCAUGUUUGAGAUCAACCGUCUGGAGCUGGGCCUGACGGUGGAGGUGUGGAACAAAGGGCUGAUCUGGGACACUAUGGUGGGCACCCUGUGGAUCCCCCUCCGCAGCAUACGCCAGUCCAACGAGGAGGGGGAAGGAACAUGGCUGACCUUGGACUCCCAGGUAAUCAUGGCAGAGAACGAGAUCUGCGGAACCAAGGACCCCACCUUCCACCGCGUCCUGCUGGACACACGCUUCGAACUGCCACUAGACAUUCCCGAGGACGAGGCCCGCUACUGGGCCAAGAAACUGGAGCAGCUGAACGCCAUGAGGGACCAGGAUUACGGUUAUCAGGAAACGCGCGAGAGACCACUGCCAGUGCCAUCAACUCAGUGCUGCAACUGGAGCCUAUGGGGAGAUCAGCAGAACGACGAUCCAGACAGUGCGGUAGACGACCGGGACAGCGACUACCGCAGCGAGACCAGCAACAGCAUGCCGCCGCCCUUCUACACCACGUCCCAGCCCAACGCCUCCAUGCACCAGUACCCCAUGCGCAACUCCUACCACGGCUCCUCCCGCCCCUACGCAGACAUGCAGGACUUCGACUACGACAAUCAGAGGGCCAUGAGCCCGACGGGCAGCAGCCGCUACGCCUCCUCUGGAGAGCUGAGCCGUGGCAGCUCCCAGCUGAGCGAGGGGGAGUUCGUCCAGGACGACGGCGAGAGCUUCCGCGGCUCCGAGUUCUACGACGAGAACGACUCCUACCACUCCUGCCACUCCUCCGUCAGCUAUGGCAAGGAGUCGCCUGGCUGGGAUCCCGAGGAGGACGGGGAGGAGGUGUAUAGUGAUGAAGGAAGCUACCUGAAGGACGGAGGAGAGGAGGGGGCGUUGUACGAUGAGGAAGAGCCUGAGGAAAGGGGAGACUAUGCCUACGAGGACCAGGCCGAGGAUGACUACCGCUAUGAGGAUGAAGAGGACAUGCCUUACGGGGAGGAGGAUGGGGAGAUGUAUCCACUGGACACCACCCUCAGCCAGGAGGACCAGGAGCCGCCCUACACCCCCACGCCUACCGACAAGGCCCCCACACUGGGCCACGCCGACUCCCUCCUCACCCCAACUUCCAGACCCCCCCUGGAGAAGCAGGCCUCACAGCUCCAUCACGACCAGCCCCCGCCGGCUCAGAGCCAGACACCGCCAUUGGAGCCCUACCAUGACGCCUUUGCCAAAACGCCUGCCCUGUCGACCUCCUCACAGAAACUGCCAGGGACGGAGGCUCAGCCCUUCGCCCCAUCGUUGUCCUCUGGGUUACCAUCCUCAGAGCAAGGGGCCAUAGACGAGCUCCUCGCUCUGGAUGAGCCACUGCCUUCACCCACUGCCAUGCCAGAGAAGAUUGGCACGCCACCCGAAAGCCUUGUCCCGCCUGACAGCCCCAAAGAGAACUGGCUGAGGGUCUUCAGUAAGGUCCGUCUGCAGAUGCAACAGGCACGAGGAGAGACCACUGGGAUCCAGUCUUUAUGUAUCCAGGCAGGGCUUGGUGGGGCGUUGUACAGCAUAGACAGUAUGCCGGACCUACGCAAGAGGAAAGCCAUGCCACUGGUCAGGGAUCUGGCUAUGUCUCUGGUUCAGAACUCACGCAAGGCUGGGAUCACAUCAGCUAUGGCCUCGAGCACCUUGAACAACGAAGAGCUUAAGAGCCACGUGUACAAGAAAACGCUGCAGGCGUUGAUCUACCCCAUCUCCUGCACCACGCCACACAACUUCGAGGUGUGGACGGCCACCACGCCUACCUACUGCUACGAGUGCGAGGGCCUGCUGUGGGGCAUCGCCCGCCAGGGCAUGAGGUGCACAGAGUGCGGCGUCAAGUGCCACGAGAAGUGCCAGGACCUGCUCAACGCAGACUGUCUACAGAGAGCGGCGGAGAAGAGCUCCAAACACGGUGCUGAGGACCGCACCCAGAACAUCAUCAUGGUGCUGAAGGACCGCAUGAAGAUCCGCGAGAGGAACAAGCCUGAGAUCUUCGAGCUCAUCCAGGAUGUCUUUGGGGUUAUCAAGGCCACGCACGUCACACACAUGAAGCAGAUUAAGCAGAGCGUGUUGGACGGCACCUCCAAGUGGUCGGCCAAAAUCAGCAUCACAGUGUUGUGUGCCCAGGGCCUUCAGGCUAAAGAUAAGACGGGCUCCAGUGACCCCUAUGUCACCGUGCAAGUUGGCAAGACCAAGAAGAGGACCAAGACCAUUUAUGGCAACCUCAACCCUGUCUGGGAGGAGAACUUCAACUUUGAGUGCCACAACUCGUCGGACCGCAUCAAGGUGCGCGUGUGGGAUGAGGACGACGACAUUAAGUCACGUGUGAAGCAGAAGUUCAAGAGGGAGAGCGAUGACUUCCUGGGCCAGACCAUCAUCGAGGUGCGAACACUCAGCGGAGAAAUGGACGUCUGGUACAACCUGGAUAAGCGUACGGACAAGUCGGCGGUGUCGGGGGCCAUCCGCAUGCACAUCAGCGUGGAGAUCAAGGGAGAGGAGACCGUUGCCCCCUAUCACGUCCAGUACACCUGUCUACAUGAGAAUCUCUUCCACUACGUGACAGACCUGCAGGCUGGUGGAGUGGUGAAGAUCCCGGAUGCUAAGGGGGAUGAUGCGUGGAAGGUCUACUAUGAGGAGACCCCUCAGGAGAUAGUGGACGAGUUCGCCAUGCGCUACGGAGUGGAGUCCAUCUACCAAGCCAUGACCCAUUUUGCCUGCCUGUCCUCUAAGUACAUGUGUCCUGGCGUCCCCGCGGUGAUGAGCACCCUGCUGGCCAACAUCAAUGCCUACUACGCCCACACCACCCAGGCCACCAACAACGUCUCUGCCUCAGACCGAUUUGCCGCGUCCAACUUUGGGAAAGAGCGCUUUGUGAAGCUUCUGGACCAGCUACACAAUUCCCUGAGGAUCGACCUCUCCAUGUACAGGAAUAACUUCCCAGCCAGCAGUGCUGAGCGGCUGCAGGAUCUGAAGUCCACCGUUGACCUCCUCACCAGCAUCACCUUCUUCAGGAUGAAGGUCCAGGAGCUGCAGUCUCCACCCAGGGCCAGCCAGGUGGUGAAGGACUGUGUGAAGGCCUGCCUUAACUCCACAUACGAGUACAUCUUCAACAACUGCCACGAGCUCUACAGCCGAGAGUACCAGACCGACCCGGCUAAGAAGGAGUGUCCUCCAGAGGAGCAGGGCCCCUGCAUUAAGAACCUGGACUUCUGGUCCAAGUUCAUCACCCUCAUCGUCUCCAUCAUCGAGGAGGACAAGAACUCCUACACCCCCUGCCUUAACCAGUUUCCCCAAGAACUGAAUGUGGGAAAGAUCAGUGCUGAGGUCAUGUGGAACCUGUUUGCUCAGGAUAUGAAGUACGCCAUGGAGGAGCAUGAGAAGAACCGCUUGUGUAAGAGUGCCGACUACAUGAACCUGCACUUCAAAGUCAAGUGGCUCUACAACGAGUACUGUAAGGACCUGCCCUUUUUCAAGAGCCGAGUACCAGAGUACCCAGGGUGGUUCGAGCCUUUUGUCAUUCAGUGGUUGGACGAGAACGAGGAGGUAUCUCGAGACUUCCUGCACGGUGCCCUGGAAAGGGACAAAAAGGACGGGUGGCAGGUGACGUCUGAGCAUGCUCUGUUCUCCUGCUCCGUGGUGGACGUCUUCUCCCAGCUCAACCAGAGCUUCGAGAUCAUUAAGAAGCUGGAGUGCCCAGACCCGCAGAUCGUCGGUCACUACUACACGCGCUUCGCAAAGACCAUCAGCAAUGUGCUGUUGUCAUAUGCCGACUACAUCGCCAGGGUCUUCCCUGAGAACUGCAACAAGGAGAAAGUGCCAUGCAUCCUGAUAAACAACAUUCAGCAGCUACGUGUGCAGCUGGAGAAGAUGUUUGAGGCCAUGGGUGGCAAAGAUCUGUGUGUGGAGGCCAGUGACAUCCUGAAGGAACUGCAGGUGAAGCUGAAUAACGUGAUGGACGACCUGAGUAGGAUCUUGGCCACCGGGUUCCAGGUGCACAUCGAGGAGUGUGUGAAGCAGAUGGGGGAUAUCCUGGGCCACGUGAAGGGCACCAACAACCCAAGCAGCAGCAGCGUGGCACAGGACGCAGACAACGUCUUACAGCCCAUCAUGGAGUUCCUGGACAGCAACCUGACGCUGUUUGCUAAGAUCUGUGAGAAGACGGUGCUGAAGCGUGUGCUGAAGGAGCUGUGGAAGCUGGUGAUGAACACCAUGGAGAAGACCAUCGUGCUGCCACCCCUCACCGACCAGACGGGCAAAAUGAAGCAGGCUUGUCACACCGAUGGUACCCAGCUCAUCUUCAAUGCAGCCAAGGAGCUUGGCCAGCUGUCCAAAUUGAAGGAGCACAUGGUUCGAGAGGAGGCCAAGGCUCUGUCCCCAAAGCAGUGUGCUGUCAUUGAGCUGGCCCUGGACACCAUCAAGCAAUACUUCCAUGCUGGUGGUGUGGGUCUGAAGAAGACGUUCUUGGAGAAGAGUCCAGACCUGCUGUCUCUGCACUACGCCCUGUCCCUCUACACCCAGGCCACCGACAAGCUCGUACGCACCUUCGUGCAGUCGCAGAACACACAAGUCCAUGGAGGGAGAGGGGUGAGGUUCACCCCUAGCGAAGAUGUUUACCCCGAGAAGGGCUCUGGAGUGGAGGAUGCUGUGGGAGAGGUCUCCAUAGCCGUGGAGGUCUUCACCCAUCCCAGCACUGGAGAGCAUAAAGUCACCAUCAAAGUUGUGGCUGCGAAUGACCUGCGAUGGCAGACCCAGGGAAUCUUCCGGCCCUUUGUGGAGGUCUACAUUAUCGGCCCCCACCUCAGCAACACCAAGAGGAAACAUGCCACCAAGUCCAAGAACAACAGCUGGGCUCCAAAAUAUAAUGAAACUUUUACUUUCACACUGAGCGCGGAGUCGGGCCCCGAGUGCUACGAGCUGCACUUCUGCGUGAAGGACUACUGUUUUGCGCGCGAGGACCGCACGGUGGGCAUGGCCGUGCUGCAGCUGAAGGAGGUGGCGCCGCGGGGCAGCGUGGCCUGCUGGCUGCCCCUGGGCAAGCGCAUCAGCAUGGACGAGACGGGCCUCACCGUGCUGCGCAUCCUCUCGCAGCGCAACAACGACGACGUGGCCAAGGAGUUCGUCAAGCUCAAGUCCGACCAGCGCUCCGCCGAGGAGGGGCGAGGGAGUUAAGAGGAGAGGAGAGGAGAAGUAGGAAACAGGCGAAUAACAAAGAGAGACAAGGGCAAGAAUGGAUUAGAGAGUUAAGAGGAGAGGAGAUAAGAAGACAUGAGUGCAGAAAAGAGAAGUGUAGAAGUAGAAAAAGAGGUGAAUAAAAUAAAGGAAAGGAGAGAAUGGCAUUUACAUGAGGAGGAGGAGGAGGGAUACAUGGACAUAACAGAAGUGGAGAAGUAGGAAAACAGGUGAAUAAAACUAGAGCAGAGGAGGUGGUGAAGCGAGGUCAGGUCAGGUCAGGAUACUAUAGGCUUGGGACUCUGGUUUCUCUACAGCUUCCACACAUAUGAGCGAGGAGCUGAGGAAACGACACACCCCUGCCCCCAAGACCUCUACCCAUGCACUAAUGCCAAUGUUCAUACUCUGAAAAACACAGACACCUACACCAACACAUAUGUGCAUAUAGUUUCACAC